UAUAACUGCGAUGACAGCCGCUCGACCUCGAUUCACCCCUAUAUAUCUCCUUCCACGAUCCAGACCAAUCUAUAAAAUCAAAACUUAAAACUAAGCUCCCACCAUUAGGCCUACACCGGGUGGUACCCCUGAACCCUGGAAGGCCCGAGGUGCUAACAUGAAAAAACUGUCAUCAUCUCCAGCUCCUCUGGAUUCGACUACCACACCCCACUGUAGAUCGCCAUAGUAAGAAUGCCGUUGAGUUCGUAUACCAGGCCUUCCAGGCCUUCACCAAAACUCUAUCUCUGUGCCUCUUACCUGUACCUCCUACAAUCUGUAUCAUCUUCCUCAACUAAAUCCGCACCGUUUUUAUGUGCGUAACUUUUCAAAACAGCUUUUUCUAGUUUAUUGGUGGCACCUUUUUAACCACAACACUUGCCGCUAUCUGUACGAUCAUCCACGCCUCCAGUAAAGUAUCUGACUGAGCUUCCACCAUCAACUCCAAUCAACCAUGGGAAGAAGAAAAAUCGAAAUCCAGCCUCUAACCGAUGACCGGAACAGAACCGUCACCUUCGUCAAGAGAAAAGCCGGAUUGUUUAAGAAAGCCCACGAGUUGGCUGUUUUAUGCCAGGUCGAACUCGCAGUCAUCAUCGUGGGAAACAACAACAAGCUCUACGAGUUCAGCUCCGUCGACACAAACGAACUCAUCAAGGUAUACCAAAAUACUCCCAAAGUUCAUGAAUCAAAAUCUCCUGCCAACUAUGGGAACUACAAGAAAAAAAA